AUGUGGUUCCUGGUCCUGUGCCUUGUCCUAUCUCUGGGAAAGUAUGGUGCCCUGCCCCUCACCGUGUCCAGGGCUGUCGGAGGCUGGGAGUGUGAGAGACAGUCCCAACCCUGGCAGGCAGUUGUGCAUGAUCAUGACAGGGCAGUGUGUGGGGGCACCCUGGUGCACCCCCAUUGGUUACUCACGGCUGCCCACUGCAUCAGCAGCGACAGCAAGGUGUGCCUGGGUCAGCACAGCCUGGAUGCUGAUGAUGACACUGGUCAGGGCAUAGCUGCCAGCCGUUCCAUCCCACACCCACUCUACGACAUGAGCCUCCUAGAGCCCAGAUUUCUCAGCCCCAAUGCUGACAACAGUCACGACCUGAUGCUGCUUCAGCUGUGUAAGCCAGCCAUCAUCACAGAGGCCAUGAGGGUGCUGAGCCUGCCCACUGAGGAGCCUGAGCCGGGGAGCUGCUGCCUGGCUUCUGGCUGGGGCAUCAUCAAGCCAGAUAAGUCUGUCAGGGCAAGGGAGCUGCAGUGUGUGGACCUCAACCUCAUGCCCAAUGAUGUCUGCCAGAUGGCCUAUUUGCAGAAUGUGACAGAAUCCAUGCUGUGUGCUGGGCACCAGGGAGGCGGCAAAAAUACCUGCAUGGGUGACUCCGGAGGCCGGCUCGUCUGUGAUGGGGUGCUCCAAGGUAUUACAUCGUGGGGUGGUGACCCCUGUGCCUGGCCCAGCCGGCCUAGCCUAUUCACCAAGGUGACAUUAUAUACAAAUUGGAUCAAAGUCACCAUGAAGGACAACCUUGAGGUCCCUGUGGCCUCCCUAGUAAACUGA